CGGCGGAUUCGCUCCCGUCUGCUCAGGAUUCGCUCCCAGAUUCGCACUUCCAGCUUUUUAGGAUCUUUCGUGCUCCGUCGCCAUGGAUGAUCGGACGGUGGACCGGGUUUUCGCCGGGUGUUUGGAGAGUCUUCCUCCCGUGUCCUCCAAGAUCGUCCGCAUUUUCACCAGCUCCACCUUCACCGAUACGACGCUGGAACGGAACACGCUGAUGGCGGAGGUGUAUCCCAAGCUGAAGGAAUACUGUCGAGAGAAGCACGGAUUGGAAUUCCAGGUCGUGGACAUGCGUUGGGGAGUCCGAGACGAGGCCACCGACGAUCACAUGACCACGGAAUUGUGCAUGAAGGAGAUCGACAACUGUCAGCGGCUCUCCAUGGGCCCCAAUUUCGUCGUGUUUCUGGGUCAGAAGUACGGCUACCGCCCGAUCCCGACCUACAUCUUGGGAUCGGAGUUCACCCAGCUGAGAGACAAUCUGAAUGCCAUGGGAAACGACGGGAAUCUGUUGGACACUUGGUAUCGGAAGGAUGCCAAUGCCGUUCCCUGCGUCUACAUUCUGCAGCCGAUCUCGUCCAUCUUGGUCAAUUUCAACAACAAGCGAGUGCCGAAGCUGCAAGCCCACGAUCAAGCGACGUGGUGGGACACCCUGGGGAAGAUGCAGAGACUCCUGCGCAAGGCGGCUCUCAGCCUCUACCAGAGCACCAAGAUGGACAAGGACGCGAUGCACAAUUACUUCAUGUCCGUCACGGAGCGGGAGGUGAUCCGAGGGAUCCUCAACGUGAGAAACACGAAGAACCACUGCCUGGCCUACGUCAGAUACAUCAACAACAUCAACCUCCAGAACCUCCGACGCGCCUCCCAGUUCGUGGACAUCGUGAACCGGAACAUCGACACCGAGUCCUCCAAGCUCCUCGCCAACCUCCGCGACGAGAGGCUCCCGGCCAAACUCGAAUCCACCAAUUUGCAGAGAUAUACGGUGGAGUGGAUCGGACGGGAAGGACUGGAUAAGGGGACCCAUGAAGAAUAUCUUCAACACUUCAUCACUCAUUUCUAUCGGAACAUCACGAAACUCGUGGAUCGAGCGAUGAGGAAAGAGGAUUCUUCCACGCAGGGACAGAUCAUCACGGAAAUCCUUCAGCACCUCCACGCUUGCAAUAAUUCCGUCAAGGUUUUCUACGGCCGAGAGGAGGACCUGGAAAAGAUCAGAGAAUACAUCGCCGGAGCGUCGGACAAGCCGAUGGUGCUGCACGGAGAAGGAGGAUGCGGGAAGACGUCGAUGCUGGCCAAAAGCGCCUCGUUGACCUCGCUGUGGCUGGCCGAGGCGAAGCCGGUCCUCAUCUUGAGAUUCCUGGGCACGACCCCCGAUUCCAGCGGUCUCACCCCCAUGCUCACCUCUCUCUGCCAGCAGAUUUCCUACAACUACAUGCUUCCGUACGAGGACAUUCCCGACGAUCUGGUUCCUUUGACUGCACACUUCAAGCAGCUUCUCUCUUAUGCCUCCGAGGAGCAACCGCUGAUGGUAUUUUUGGACUCGGUGGAGCAGCUGACUGGAGCUCAAGACGCCAACAAAAUGUCUUGGCUUCCCACCACUCUUCCACCUCGCGUCAAAAUCGUGGUGUCAUGCGUAUCGGAAGAGAACCGAGACGAGGUCUCUCAAGAAUAUUACCUUCUCCGAAAGAUGAUCGACGCAAAGGAGAACUUCAUGGAGGUUCGAGCACUCGGUGAGGACCUGGCCAUGAACAUCAUCAAGCAGUGGAUGAAGAACGCCCAUCGAGACCUGAACAACUUCCAGUGGAGGGUCGUGUCCAACACGUUGAGCAAAUGCUCUUUGCCAAUUUUCGUCAAACUGGUGUUUGCGGAGAUCUGUCGCUGGAAGUCCUAUUCCCGGCCGCAGGAGACCCAUCUCGCAUCCACCGUCAUGGACUCCAUCAUGAUGCUCUUCGAGAGGAUCGAAAUCCAGCACGGGAAGAUCCUGGUGGUUCACGCCCUGGCGUACAUCACGGCGUCGAAGAGCGGGCUGUCGGAGUCCGAGCUCGAAGACCUUCUGUCGCUGGACGACCGAGUCCUGGACGACGUCUAUCAGUACCACAUGCCGCCGGUGAGGCGGAUCCCGCCGCUGCUCUGGACUCGCAUCCGCAACGAUCUCCCGAAUUACCUGUCCGAGCGAGAGGCCGAUGGCGUCUCCGUCCUCAAUUGGUACCACAGACAAUUCAAGGAAGCGGCCAAGGAACGAUACUUCAAGAACCAAAGCAUGGCGCUGUACUUCCACUCGAGCAUCGCAGAUUACUUUCUUGGGGUCUGGGGUGGAGGGAGGCCCAAGCCCUUCCGAUACACCGAGAUUCAACGUCAUCGGUUCGGCCUGAAGGACAAGGAGGGGGAGGCAGACCGGAAGGUGCCUCUUCAGCCCCUGGUCUACUAUGGCAAAGAUGGAAAGGUCUCUCGUCACAACCUCAGAAAGUUUGGGGAAUUGCCGUUCCACUUGGUGCGAGCCCAUCGGUUCGCGGAUCUCUACAGCAACGUUCUCUUCAACUAUCAAUGGCUCCAUGCCAAACUCACUUCUUGCCCGCUCCAGGCCGUUCUCUCCGACUUCGAAGAUGCUUGUGCUAACACCGAAUCACAAGAUGGAAACAGGGAGAUAAUGUUGGUGGCUGAUGCAUUGAGACUGGGAGGGGCAAUAUUGAGUCAAUAUCCGGACAUGUUGGCCCCUCAACUCAUCGGCCGACUUCUUCCAGAAAUCGCCGGCAAUGAAAAUGUGCUAAAGCUCCUGAAACAAUGCGAUGCCGAGGGACCCGAACACUGUUCCCUCAUCCCCGUCUACCACUGUCUCCAUACUCCGGGUGGACCUCUCAAAUAUUCCCUGGAAGGGCAUCAGUUUGCGGUGUUCGGCUUCUGCUUGACUUCGGACCUCCGCUACAUUGUAUCGGUGAGCAAUAAAUUCAUCACCUGGGACCUGUCAACCUCCGACCUUGCACGGGAAGUCGUCCCAGGCGUGGAAGGAAUCAUGCAGAACCUUCUAUUGAGCCCUGACAACCGGCAUGCCGUAGCUUACACAAACAACAACCAAACGGUGCUGCUGAAUAUGCUGACGGGAGAGUAUCUGAUCCUGGAGAAUCCGCUGCCGGAUGGAGAAAACGUGGAGGGGACGCAAUUGAGCGACUCGCAUCUGGUCAUUCACGGCUCGCACACGUGGACUCUCUUCAACCUGAAAGGGGAAUUCCAGGAUUCCCAGGAGAUCGAGGGGGAAAGGAGCAUUUUGAAGAUGGGCUUCUCGGAUCCGGAUGAGUAUUUUCUCAUCCUCUGGCAGGGUCAGCAGGAUGAUCCGGAGCUCAGUCUAGAUACCUAUGUCCAAGGUCAUCCUUUGACCACCUUGCAUUUCCAUAGUGCAAUGGCAUUCUCGGAGGACCAGCGAAAGGUGUACGUAUGCAAAGAGGGGCGUGAUGGGCUGACAGUGUACAAAAGAGGCCUCACUGCCUGGGAUGAAGAAUCUCAAUUACCUUCUUGCGGUCGGGUGCUCCUUCAACUCGCCAUCCUCCCUCCCGAUCUCCUGAAUCUCAUCGGCACUUCCAUGUCCGGAUUCCACGUGUGGAACUUGGAUCGGAAGGAAGUGAGAUCUGUGAAGUUGCCCGAGGGAGUUCGGAACAUCUCGAUCAAAGCGUUGCAUAGCAAUUCCGCAGUUCUUUCCAGAGACAAGGAAUACCUAACGGCGGGUGUCAGGAAGAAUUUGUACGUUUGGAGUAUGAAGACUUGCGAGUUGCUCAUCAGCCUGGAUGCCCAUUUCGCCCGCAUCAUCGACCUCACUCCCCUCACCGUCGGCGUCUGGAAUUCCGUCGUGACAUCGUCGAUCGACAGGACGGUGAAAGUGUGGAACCUGAACAACAUCUUCGAGCAGGUCCACGUGAUCGACCGGCACGAGAUGCAGAUCGAUGCCAUUAGCCUCUCGGCGUCGAAGGGGCUGGCCGUGACGGUGACCAGAAGUUGCGUUGGGAUUUGGUCGAUGGCUCGAGGUCGACUGUUGGCCCGUUUGGCCGACUCCCCCCUGGGGGCCAUCGUUACUCACGCCGUCGUCACCCAAGACGGUCGUUACAUCGUCUCCUCCGAAUCCGGCAACAUCCUAGUCUGGGAUGCCGAGAAUCACCAGGUCCUUUUCAAGGAAGAGCAACCCGCCAUCAAACAGGUGCUGCUGCUGGACGGAGACACGAAGUUCGGGUCGGUGUCCCGAUUGGGGACGGUCGGGGAGGGCCGACUCCAGCUCGUCGUCAGGCAUCUCCCGUCCGGGGAGAAGAUCUACGACUUGGAAUAUCCCAUUCGAACGCUGAAACCCGUGACCGUCACCGCCGAUGGCGUCUACGUCGUCUUGGUCGGGUACGAGAAACUCAAGGAUACCCUGAUGGUGCAUCACGUGAAGACGGGGACCCUGUUGCACAAGAUCACGCCGAAGUACCCGAACAUGAAGGACUUCACGGCGGUCGUUCCGUUGCCGAACAGGGUCAAUCAGGUGGCGUUGAUCGACCCGGACAAGGGGAACAUCGUGGACAUCAAGUCCAAGAAGUUCUUUCGAAGUCUGCCUCGAUGGGGAGGCCGUUGCACUUCCGAUGGCCGGUACGGCCUCGUCGCCCCGGCUCGGGGCGGCCUCGAGAUCAUCGAACUGAAACACGGGAAGAGUCUGAAGACGCUGAUCCCCAAGACGGCGGAAGGCGUCUUCUCCAACAUCACCAUGUUCACCAAGACCGACGAACACGUCCUCUAUUAUCACAGUGGGAAGAACACCCUGAGGCUGUUCAGGACGAGCGACGGGAAGAUGAUAGCGAAUUACCGGAUUCAGGCCGAAUUGAGUUCGAUCGAGACGACGUCGGACGGGACGGCAAUCGUGAUCGGGACGGUCGACGGCUGCCUCACCGUCCUCCACAUCGCGGAUGCCCUCAAGCCGGAUUCCUUGCAUAAGCUCGGCUAUUUUCCGUCGAGGAACCCGAAGGAAGAGCCUAUGGAUACCUCUGAGAUCAAGGACGGUGAACUUAUCAAGGGCGGUGAACCUCUCAAGGAGGAAUGAAUCGGUUCUUGAGUACUUGUUGGGUCCAAUUUUUUUUUCUCUGGGAAGAAUGG